AUUUGCUUUAUUUAUCACUUCUCACUCUCUCUCUCUCUCUCUCUUCACAACAAAAUUACAAAUUGUUAUUAUUGGACUAAUCGCCCCAAUUAAAAAGUCACGGUCCUCUUUUAAAAGUUUUAAGUAAACUUUCAUCGCAAAAGUCUCAGAAUUCAUUCUUACUAAACUGUGUAGCGGAACUGAUCGGGUUUUCUAAGACAACGAAGGCGACACGACGGGACGUCAUCAGGUAUUCCAACCAUAAUUAAAAAGGCGCAAUGGCCAAUCUAAUGGGCGACAAGAAGGCAAGCUUUUUAAGAUUAGUGGAGGAAAGAGCAUUGUCAAAGGAAGAGAAAAAGAAGCUGCAAGAUGCUCUUGUCCCCUAUAUUCCUAAAGAUUGCAUCUCAAAUGUUCUUCUUCGACUUCCUCUUGAGUCUCUUCAAAGGUCAAGGUUUGUUUGUAAGCCAUGGUAUACUAUAAUUAAUAGCCUCAAAUUCAUUGAUGAUCAUCUCGAAAGAUCAGAAUCUGUUUUGAUCUUUAUAUCAUCAAUUAAAGAAGAAAAUCUGUACCCUUUUUCUACGCGACCAUUUGCAGUUGAGAAACCAAAUACCUUUUCAGUUGAGGCAAAACUCCUUCAGUCAGAAUCGGUCCCUGUUUUAGUGCAGCCAAACAUAAACCCCACUUUGAAAUAUUACAUCAAGUUCUUGGAAAUUAACAAUGGAAGGAGCAAAAUAGGAGAAUAUAGUGUAAGUUGCACAGGCCAUAUUAGGGCUGCUUGCAAUGGUCUAAUUUUGCUUGAAAACAAACUGAAGAAAGGAGGACUUAUAGUCGUAAAUCCUGUGACUAGGAAGUUGAUUUCUCUUCCUCUGGGUACUUUAUGUCCUGCUGAUAAAGAAUCGUAUGGCUUUGCAUUUUGCACUGUUACUGGUGAAUAUAAAGUGGUGCACUUGUUUCAGGAUGAGUUGAGGUAUUUCGGUUGUGAGAUAUUAAAUCUUGGUACUAGAGUUUGGAGAGCAGUGAAUGGACCUUCUUUUGGACUCUUGCGCUGGCUUGGAUGCUUGCCUGUUUUGGCAAUUGGAGCUUUGCACUGGGUACCUAAUAUUGAUAGUAGUGAUUACUUAGUGUCUAUUGAAGUGGACAAGGAGAGGUUUCAUACAAUACCUCUCCCAAAAAGUAGUCGGUAUCAUGAUAGGAUUGUUGAGAUGCGUGGUUUCUUGAGUUUUGUCACUCAUGAAGAAGAGAACCAGAUAGGCGUUUGGAUCUUGAAGGGUUUAGGGGAACUUUGGACAAGGCAACUUAGUAUCAAAACGGGCUGCAUUUUGGAUAUGGUCCCCCUUUACAGUUUAAGAAUCAAAGGAGAUAUGAUUUUCAAGAGGGACGAAGACGGAUCAUUUUAUGCUUAUGAUUUCCAACUCCAGGUGAUGAGAAAAAUUGAAAUGGAGCAGGAAAGAUUGAAAAUGUCAGGUAUGUAUCAUCCUCAUGUCAACAGCCUUAUCUCGUGGUCUAGCAGGGAAAGAAGCCAGGAUGUGUUUUAUUGAUAUGUUCCUUCAUGUACAAAUUUGCAAAGUAUUAGCAUAAAAGAUUUUCCCCUUUUGUCAAACUUUUUCCCUAUGACCUUGGGAUUGCUAUUAUUUAUGUAUGUAUGCACAGUUGGGGAGUAGUCUACCAAUAUAUUAUAGUUGACCUGACUAUUUAGUAUCCAUCCUGUAAGUAAAUGUUCUUAUUCCACUUGA